AUGGAAGCUGAGUGUGAACAGGAACCGUCUUUUGGAGUGUAUUGUAAGGGUUUGUUCCUAGAGGGAGCAAGAUGGAAUCGUGAUGUCAUGCAACUGGAUGAGUCCUACCCAAAGAUUCUGUUUGACACAAUACCCAUAAUUUGGUUUCAACCUGCACUCAUAGCUAACUUUAAUCCACCUCCGUGCUACUUUUGUCCAAUCUACAAGACCAGCGAGAGAAAGGGAGUUUUGGCAACCACAGGCCACUCUAGUAAUUUUGUAAUGUAUAUCACAUUGCGGUCAGAUAUUUCUCAGAAGCAUUGGAUUAAUCGGGGAGUGGCGAGCUUAACCCAGCUUGAUGAUUAA